CACCUAGCCACACAACAACUAAAGACAGAUUGCAGAUUCUAUUCCAAAAAUGCUAAGUAAACGUAUUGUGAUCCCAGGUUUUUUAAUUUUCGUAGCAUUUAGUUUAAGCAAGUGUUUUGUGAUUGACACAGUGCCUGAAUUUGAGAAAAACUGCCUUACUGGUAUUUCGGGCGAAAGAAAUUGUUCUUUUGUCGUACCAAAUAAAUGGAACUUUUUAAGAUUCCGAAAAUGGCUGGAAAAAUUGAAUGAAAAAGUCACGGACGUCCGACUUGAUUUAGAAUGCCUUGAUGGAGCAACUGUCUUUUUACCAUGGCCUUUCAGAGCAAGAAACCUUCGAAAGAUACACGUCAAAAAUUGUUUGAUUGACGGUUAUUACUCUGAAUACAACACAAAAUCAAUCUACAGCAACACGGUACGGGAUAUGGCCCUCAUUGAUGUCGCUAUACUCACUGACAUCAAUCAGCUGAUUGAGAUGAACCUGAAUGACCCACUAGAAAAAUCAAGCACGUGUGGACAAGAAACUAAUAUUCGAUUCAUCCAAAGGAACGUUACUUUUCAAUUCGUUCCAACGAGAUCGCCACCUUCUAUACAUCGUCUGCAGGAUGGCUUCGACUCACUGGCCGAGAAAUCUAAAGCUCAAGCAUUUACCUGCCAUUUUGAUGAGUUGGUGUAUCUGGAGCAUUCUAGCAGUAGCAGUAUUUCCAGAAUUCAUUUCGACACCAUGACCGAUCACUCUGUGUAUCCUAAUCUCAAGGUUUUUAAUUUUUCCUCAAACUAUCUUCCCACUCUUCCGAGACAGCUGAACCAGUGGUGGAACUAUUUCCCUUCAUUGCGUCUACUGGACCUUUCUAACAACAACCUUAAAUCAUUUUCCUUCGAACAUCCUGAUGUCAGCCAGGAGUAUUUGUACAUCAGCUUAGUAAAUAACAACAUUACAAGCGUGCCUCAAGACCUAUUCUCGUAUAUGAGUGGGAAAACGCCAAUUCUCAUUAACUUACUGGGUAAUCCUAUUCACUGCGAUUGCAAAGCUAGUCCUCUGUCCUCUUAUCUGAGAAAACUUCGACUAAGAGUACCCCAGUUUAAGGAUCUUUCCAAUGUUAAAUGUCAUUCGCCAAGUAAUCUUUCUGGAAGAAUGGUACGGACUGUUAACUUCCAGGUGUGUUAAGUCGGCAAUUAUUUUUUUUAUUUUUACUUUUGAAUUUAUUUAUUAUCCACUGUAUAAAUCCAAGUUACCUUGCUUAGUCUUCUUAAUCCAAUCAUUGUUUUGAUCAUAUUUUGAUGUUUUAUUAUUUAUAUAUUAUACUUUUAUCGUGAAAUAAAUCAUAAAGAAAAAUUGUUUAAAAAUCUUUAUUUUA